AUGGCUAAACGUACCUUCUCCACAUUAGAGACGUUCCUGAUUUUCCUCCUUGUAAUGAUGACUGCAAUCACAGUGGCUCUUCUCACCCUCUUGUUUAUUACCAGCGGGACCAUUGAAAAUCACAAAGAUUCAGGUUUUCCAUCCACUGAGAGCCCCCAGGCCACCCAGAGCCCACCAACCACCCAGGGAUCCACAGCCCCUCAAGGCUCAACACUUACACAAGGCCCGGCAGUCACCGAGGGGUCGCCAGUGACUAGUACCCCAGAGCCUCCUUUAUUUCAGAACUUCAGUGGCUACCAUAUUGGUGUUGGGCGAGCUGACUGCACAGGACAAAUAGCAGAUAUCAAUAUGAUGGGCUACGGCAAAAGUGGCCAGAAUGCACGAGGCCUCCUCACCAGGUUGUACAGCCGUGCUUUUGUCAUGGCGGAGCCCGAUGGGUCAAAUCGAAUGGUGUUUGUCAGCAUCGAAAUAGGCAUGGUGUCCCAGCGACUAAGGCUGGAGGUCCUGAACAGACUGCAGAGGAAAUAUGGCUCCCUGUACAGGAGAGACAAUGUUAUCCUGAGUGGCACUCACACGCACUCGGCUCCAGCAGGGUAUUUCCAGUAUACCGUGUUUGUAAUCGCCAGUGAAGGAUUUAGCAAUCGAACUUUUGAGUACAUGGUCACUGGCAUCAUGCAGAGCAUUGAGAUAGCACACAAGAAUAUGAAACCUGGCAAAAUCUUUAUCAGUAAAGGAAAUGUGGAUGGUGCACAGAUCAACCGAAGCCCUUAUUCUUACCUACAGAAUCCACUGUCAGAGCGAGAAAGAUAUUCUUCAAAUACGGACAAGGAAAUGCUAGUCUUGAAAAUGGUAGAUUUGAAUGGAGAUGAUCUGGGCCUUAUCAGCUGGUUUGCCAUCCACCCAGUCAGCAUGAACAACAGCAACCACCUUGUAAAUAGCGACAAUAUGGGCUAUGCAGCUUACCUUUUUGAGCAAGAUAAGAACAAAGGAUAUCUACCUGGACAGGGACCGUUUGUAGCUGCUUUCGCUUCAUCAAAUCUGGGGGACGUGUCCCCCAAUAUUCUCGGCCCACAUUGUGUCAACACGGGAGAGUCCUGUGAUAACGCCAACAGCACUUGUCCCAUUGGUGGGUCCACCAUGUGCAUGGCUGCGGGGCCCGGGCAGGACAUGCUCGACAGCACUCAGAUCAUAGGACGGACCCUGUAUCAGAAAGCAAAGGCACUGUAUGCAUUGGCCUCCCAGGAGUUAACUGGACCAGUGAUUUCAGCUCAUCAGUGGGUGAAUAUGACGGAUGUUACAGUCUCGCUCAAUUCCACACACGCAGUAAAAACAUGUAAACCAGCCCUGGGCUACAGUUUCGCAGCUGGGACAAUUGAUGGAGCUGGGAGCUUCAAUUUUACGCAGGGGACAACAGUAACGGAUCCAUUUUGGGAAACUAUUCGUGAUCAGAUCUUGGGCAAGCCGUCUAAUGAAAUCAAAGAGUGUCAUAAACCAAAGCCAGUACUUGUUCACACUGGAGAGCUGUCAAAACCUCAUCCCUGGCACCCAGAUAUUGUUGAUGUUCAGAUUAUUACUCUUGGGUCCUUGGCCAUAACUGCCAUCCCUGGGGAGUUUACGACCAUGUCUGGGCGAAGACUUCGGGAGGCAAUUAAAGCAGAGUUUGCAACUUAUGGGAUGCAGAAUAUGACUGUUGUUAUUUCUGGUCUAAGCAAUGUAUACACACAUUAUGUUACUACCUAUGAAGAAUACCAGGUUCAGCGGUAUGAGGCAGCAUCUACCAUUUAUGGGCCACACACUCUGUCUGCUUACAUCCAGCUCUUCAGAGUCCUUGCUAAGGCCAUUGCUACGGACACAGUAGCUAAUCUGAGCAGAGGGCCGGAACCUCCAUUUUUCAAACAACUGAUAAUUCCAUUAAUUCCUAAUAUUCCGGAUAAAGCACCAUUAGGCAAGAAUUUUGGGGAUGUCCUGCAGCCAUUGAAUCCUAAGUACAGAGUGGGCGAUGUUGCUGAAGUUACAUUUGUAGGUGCUAACCCGAAGAAUUCAGCAGAAAACCGGACCCAUCAGACUUUCUUCACUGUGGAGAAAUAUGAGAAUUCUUCAGCGGGGUGGCAGGUAGUGCUUAAUGAUGCCUCCUGGGAGACUCGUUUCUAUUGGCACAAGGGAUUAAUGGGUCAUAGCAAUGCAACGGUACAAUGGCAUAUUUCAGACACCGCCCAGCCUGGAAUCUACAGAAUAAGAUACUUUGGACACAUUCGGAAGCAGGACUUUCUCAAGCCCGCUGUCAUACUUUCAUUUGAAAGCACUUCCUCCGUUUUUGAAGUUGCAACUACUUAGUGAAAAGUUGACACAGCAUUUAAAAAUAGCAUUUGCUCUGUAUAAAUUGCGUAACUGAUUUCAUAUGAAUGU